GAUGACUUCGACUGCAUUGCGCGCGGUUCCGGCUGAGGUGGUAAAUGACACCACCUCGGACUCGAAACUCAGGUACAUUAUUAUGUUCGGAGCCCCCUUGGUCGCCGGAAUCGCUCUUUACUGGUACAUGGGCAGGAGGACGGAAACGAAGAACAAAGUGUCAAGCGUACCGAAGAAGGACAUUCGCGCCGAAGCACAGAAGAAAAUUGAUGAUCAGAUCAAUUCGCAAGAUCCCAAAGAGAGAGCAACCGGUUUCAAAAACAAAGGCAAUAACUUGUUCAAAGUUCGCAAGUAUAAAGAGGCGAUAGAGUGCUAUUCUGAGGCAAUCAAGGUAUGUCCAAUAGACAAAGUGGACAUGCUCUCAACUUUCUACCAGAAUCGAGCAGCUGCCUACGAGAACCUGAACAUGGUGGACAACGUUCUGCAGGACUGCACGAAAGCUAUCGAGCUGAACAACAAGUAUUCUAAAGCUUACUUUCGCCGAGCGAAAGCUUUCGAAGAAAAGGGUGAGCUGCAGAAGUGCGUUGAGGACGCAACCGUUUGCGCCGUUCUAGAACAAUUCCAGCACGCCAAUGCUUUGCAAUUGGCUGACAAGGUGCUCAAGUCCUUCGCAUCCCAACGAGCCAAGGAAAUCUUCUCGACCAGAAAGCCUGAUCUCCCGGCUUCGUCUUUCAUCCGCAAUUUCCUCAAAUCGUUUUGCGAGGAUCCGGUCAUCCACGAUCUUGAAGCGAAGCGAAGAAACGAGCCGUCAGCUGCCUCUGGACCGCCGUCCGGCUACGACCUGGCACUCCAGGACCUCCUUGAGGAGAAAUGGGACCAGGUCGAAGGUCACUGUACGGAAGAAAUCAGACAAGAACACGAUAAGGAGAAACUAGAGAAGGCUCUCCUACUUCGAGCCGGCUUAUGCGUCCUGUCCGGCCGCAUCGACGAUGCAGAGAGAGACGUAGAUACACUUCUCUCCAGAGAAAACGUUAACGUCAAGGUUCGCGUUAAUGCUCUCAUCAAGAAAGCCACGGCCGAGGUCCAUCGCGAACAGUAUGAGCAGGCUCUGGCAACUUUCGAGAAAGCCGUUGGACUCGAUCCCAACAAUGCCGACAUUUACUUGCACAGGGGCCAAAUCUAUCUUCUCUUGGAUCAGGUCGAUCAGACUUUGAGAAAUCUCGAGCUGUCAGCUUCGCUGAGACCGGAUUUCGUGUCUGCUAACGCUCAGCUAGCCUACAGCAAAUACAACUUCGGGAAACGCUUCAACGAUGCGCAAGCCGAGAAGGAAGCGAGAGCUAUGUUCAAAACAUGCAUGGAGAAAUUCCCCAAUGCCGCCGAAGUUUAUUUCCUUUACGCACAGCUUUUCAAUGAGCAACAACAGCUAGGGGAGGCAGAAAAAUACUUCAAGAAGUUCAUAGAACUCGAGCCUAGGGACGCCUUAGGCUGGGUGCAUCUGGGAAUCGUUACGGUCCAAUCGGGCCAGAGGGACAAAGGCGUCGAAAUGAUGAUGAAAGCCAUAGAGAUCGAGCCUAAAUGCCAAUUCGCCUACGAAACGCUCUCGACGUUCCUGAUGCAGAUUGAGCGUUCGGAGGAGGCUGUGAAGAUGAUCGAGAAAGGCAUCGAGCUGGCCCAGAGCGAAGGCGAAAUCGCUCAUCUGAUCGCGUUGAAACUCUCGAGUGAAGUCCAGAACGUUGCGAUGCAGAGACUCGGCAACUGAGAAACGAGCUCUUUACCCGUCCGGUGGAAACGACUCGACACACAUAGCGAAUGAGCUAGCGAUCUCGACAACAUUGAUUCCGUGCAUCACGGACGCGAAUUCCAAGAUAUUAGCUCCGGACUUUGAUGAUACCUACGGAGUGAGGUCCGGAAACCCCUUGCGCAUGGAGUGAGUUUGUUGGAAUCAAAUGACACAGUCCGGGAAAGAAGCGUUCAUCAGAACGGAUAGAAUCAUCGAGCGGCUAUCAUUGAAGCGAGCGGUUGAACGACUGAGGGGAAGGAUUGAUUUGAUUUUCCGAGAAUGGGGAUACAGCGGUUGAACUGUUUCAAAUGAAACAAAUAUGUCCGACAGUGAUUGUCGGACGGGAGUCGAUUGUUCUGUGGCACGGGCAGGUGAACCACCAAUGGUGGUGGUCUGCUCGGCCCACUGUUGAACGGAGGUGCGAAUUCUCGCCCUCUCUUGGCCAUCGUUUAUCCAUGAUUCUUGAGCAGUUGCAGGUGCAGCUCACGGAUCGCUCUCUAGAAACUCAAUUUGGCUGAAGCGGGGGAUGCU